GGGCGCAGGCGUGGUAUUAAGGGGCGUUGUACUUAUGGUGCAUCAUUCCUAGAAGAAGCUGUUCAUAAAAUGUCCAAGUCAGGGGAAAAAGAAGAGCAGGAUGAUUUAAAGAGUAAAAUGAAGCAACUUCAGACUGAAUUAAAGCAAGCAAGAGAUAUGGUAAAAGAAGAUGAGAGUCAAGAAGAUGAAAGAGAGCUUCAAGAAAGUGGAUCAGAUAACCGUAGAUCAUUAAUGCAUGGAAGAGGAGAAGAAGGGGUUGCAUUAAUAGGUAUGGCCAAAUCGGCAGUACGAUAUCGGCUUAAUGAAGAAGUUGGGAAAAAUAGAUGGCUGAAAAAAGAGGUAGAAAGGUUGAAUGGUGAGGUGGCAACACUUGUGGCUCAGUUGGAGUCUGAAAGAAAAAGUGAAGAAGAUAAAAUUAAUGAUCUCACAACUCAACUAGUGAAUGUUCAGUCUGAGCUUGAUCAAACAAAAGUUGAGCUCCAACUUGCAAAAGAGUCUUUAGAGAGUAACAAUAGUGAUAUGGAGAAAUAUUUUCAGGAAAUGUCAAAAGAGGUUUCAUUGCUGACAAAAGAUAUUGGAAAUAAGAGAGAAGAAAUAAGAUACCAGCAAACACUGAUUGACCAAUUGGCUAAAGAGAGAGAUGAUGCAUAUGACACUGCAAGAAAUGAUCUGGAUUCAGAGAAGAAAAAGCUGGCUACUAUAGUUGAUACUUUGAGAAAUAAUCAUGAAAGACAAGUUGAUGGUUUUAAGCAAACAAUUACAGACCAGAAAGAGACAAUAGCAGUAUUGGAAGAUAAACUUUUUAAGGUUCAAUCUGAUGUAGUUGAUGAGAUAGAAAAGAAAAAAGUGAUUAAUGAUUUGACAAGAGAGAUGGAGUCAUUGAAGGAACAGUCAACCAGUGUAACAUCAGCUAGCAAUGUUGAAGUGGCAGCUCUUAAAAUAGAAAAGAACAAACUGUCACAAGAGAAAGAAGAAAUUGUGGUAGAGAAGGAUAGACUCCUACAGGAUAAAGAUAGACUACUACAAGAAAAAGACAGAUUAGUAAAUGAAAAAGAUAAGCUUGUACAAGAAAGAGACAAAACAUCAAAGGAAAAUGAGCAACUAAAGAAUCAGCUGUCUAUUGCAAAAGAUGAUUUAGAGAGAGAGAAAGAGAAAGCAGUCAGAGAGAAAAAGAAAGCGACACAAGAUAUGGAGACAAUAAGAAAGGAGAAGGAGAGACUAACACAGGAAAAAGAUCAGCUACGACAGGAUUUGGAUGAAGAAAGGGAGGCAGAGCAGGAGAUCGUUGAUGAGUACGAAGGAAAGUUAUUGAUUGCAAAAGAUGACAUCACUCAUUUAGAGUCAAUAAAUGUUAAACUGGAAAAUGAAAGAGGAAAUUUAGUGACUCAACUGGAGAAUGAGAAAGAUAAAGUUCAUGAGUUAAAUGUUCAACUAUUAAAGGCACAAUCUGAACUUGAUCAGACCAAGAAACAGCUGCAACAAGCAAGAGCAAAGGCUGAGGAAGAAAACACUGACUUGGACAAAAUGAUGGAGGAUAUGUCAAAUGAAAUGACAGGAUUAUAUGAAGAGCUUAGUAACAAGAAAGAAGUGAUAAGAUGCCAAAAGGCUCAUAUUUUACAAUUAUCAAAAGAAAAAGACGAUGCUGUGAUGAAUAGUUAUGAGUUAAGUCUUCAACUAUCAAAGGCGCAAUCUGAACUGGAUCAGACCAAGAAGCAGCUGCAACAAGCAAGAGCAGAGGCUGAGGGAGAAAUCACUGACAUAGAUAAAAUGGUGGAGGAUAUGUCAAAUGAAAUGACAGGAUUAACUGAAGAGCUUAGUAACAAGAAAGAAGUGAUAAGACGUCAAAAGUCUCAUAUUUUACAAUUGUCAAAAGAAAGGGAUGAUGCUGUUUGCCAAGCAGUUGAAUAUGCUAAAGAGAGGGACAGUGUAGCAGCUGAAUAUCAGAAGAAAGAGAAUCAAAGUAAAGCAGACCGUCAGAAAAAAAUUGAUGAAUAUCUGAGUGAAGCAGAACACUGGAAAAUACAAUUUGAAGUUGCAAGGGAAGAUUUUAAUUCUGAAAGAGCUGCGAGGGAGAAGGAGGCAAAAGCUGUUGAUGCAUUGAGAAACAAUCAGGAGAGUCUAGUAAAAGAAAUUGAUGACCUGAAGGAGAAGGUUGUUAAUCAACUGCGAACCAUAGCCAAGCUUGAGGACAGACUGAGCAAAUAUGAACCUGUUGAUAGGACAGAACAGCAACCUGGGCAUCAUGAACCCAAACUGGUACUGCCUCCUCAACCUUAUGUAGAUUUCACACCAUUGCCAAGGCCAGCAAAAAAGAUCCCCAAAAGAUUUUAGUCAACUACAGAUUCACAAACUUUGUUUU